AACACUGGUGCAAACUUCUCAAAUAUAUCCGUGAUAUACCCACGUUCAUCAAUAAAAUAAAAUAAAAAAUAUUUCGAUCAUAUCCAGUCGGUGUUUGGCGCACUCAGAUCUCUUUCCCCCUGAUCCAGUUUUGGAGGAACGUAACUUGAUGAAACUGCUUCUCCACUCUCCUACUCCUACGCUGCUUUGGAUUUCGUGGUUUAUCCAUCAGAAUAUUUAUAUGAAUUCGUUACUGCUUCUUGAUUAUUUCGUUCUAUAUUCUUCAUGAUUCUUUUAGGGUUCAUUGUUUGAAUUAUUAAUUUGGUUCUAAUUUGAUUGAAUUCUCAUAUCUGUCGAAGGAUGAGGAUAGGAAAUUUGCAAUAUAUAUUGUCACGGUUGAGAAUGGGAAAUUUGCAAUACAUCUGCCAACCUAGUAACAAUUAACAAUGGAUAGAAAGUGGAUGUCGAAAGACCGUACAGGAGGAGAAUAUGAGAAAGGAAUGGAAGAGUUCAUUUCUUUUGCGGUUAAACAUGCUAAAGAUCCGAAUAGAAUUAUAUGUCCCUGUCUUGAAUGUUGUUUUCAUAGCCGACUCGAUGUUGAAGAACUAAGAGAUCAUUUGACCAUUUAUGGAAUUGAUGAAAGCUACAUAAAUUGGGUACGUCAUGUUGAGGUUGGUGAUGUGACUUUAUUAUACAGAUGAUAGUACAGGGCUAAGGCAGUAAUCUCGACGGAGAUUAGGAUGAGAGAGAAUUUCCAAAAUCUAGAGUAACAUGGAUUAAGCUUGGUGUCUCGUGAUUGGGGUUGUGCAAUGGACAAUGAGCUAAAUGAAGAGAAUAUGUGGGAUGCCGAUCGCUUAGAGGAGUUAACACGUGUGAUUGAGGGUUUACAAGAUUGUCCAGGAAUGUUUGAAAACAUAACUAAGGAUGUAGAAACACCCUUAUACCAUGGUUGCACAGACCACACGCGACUGUCCACUAUUUUAGGAUUGUAUAACAUCAAAACAGGCGGCGGGUGGACUGAUAAAAGCUUUACAAAGUUACUUAAUUUUCUUAAAGUGGUGUUGCCUAAGGAUAAUACAAUUCUUAGUAGCUCUCGUGAGUCCCAAAAGAUGUUAGGUUCGAUGGGCAUGAGUUAUGAGAGGAUACAUGCAUGUCGUAAUGAUUGCAUUUUGUAUAGGAAGGAGUAUGCCUCAUUAAAGAGAUGUCCUGAAUGUAAUGUGUCGCGAUACAAGAAGAAAGGAGUUCCUGCCAAAGUGUUAUGGUACUUUCCAAUUGUACCAAGACUGAGACGCUUGUUUAGUAGUCCGGAAGAUGCGAAAAACUUGACUUGGCAUGCGAAUGGGAGGAAAAAGUAUGAUGAUGGUAUGCUUAGACACCCUGCUGAUUGUCCACAAUGGAUCAAAAUUAAUACAGAUUUUCCUGAUUUUGCACGUGAGGAUAGAAAUUUGCGUCUUGCACUUGCUACUGAUGGCAUGAACCCGUUUGGCGGUCAAAGCAGCUCAUAUAGUGUAUGGCCAGUUAUUAUGGUUAUAUAUAACUUACCUCCAGAGUUGUGUAUGAAAAGGAAAUAUAUGAUGAUGUCUAUGUUAAUCUCAGGGCCAAAACAACCUGGGAAUGAUAUUGAUGUUUAUCUUGCCCCCCUUAUUGAAGACUUGAAGAUGCUGUGGGACACGGGUGUUGAAGUUUUUGAUGCAUCUUGUAAUGAGAAUUUUACUUUGAGGGCUAUGGUGUAUGGAACAAUAAAUGACUUUCCUGCAUAUAGAAAUCUGUCUGGGUAUUGCAACAAAGGAUAUAAGGCAUGUCCUAUAUGCGAUGUUGGAACGUCUGACACUUACUUAAAGAAGUGUGGUAAAGUUAUUUAUCCAGCUUAUCGUCGAUUUUUGCCUUCAGAUCAUCAUUAUCGAAGACAAAAGAAGGCUUUUAACGGGAAAACAGAAGGUCGUAAAGCACCUGUGCCACUGACGGGUGACCAAGUUCUUGAAAAAGUGAAAGGGUUGAAUGUGAAAUUUGGAAAACAGAAUGCAGAUCUUCUUCCCAGCAGUGGUUAUAAGAAGAGGUCCAUAUUUUUCGAUCUUCCAUAUUGGAGUUCGUUGUACGUGCGGAAUUUUCUUGACGUUAUGCACAUUGAAAAGAAUGUGUUCGAGAGUCUGCUUGGGACUUUGCUUAACGUGCCAGGAAAAACUAAAGAUGGUAAAAAAUCAAGGUUGGAUUUGGUUGACAUGGGUAUUAGAGAAGAAUUGCAUCCACAGAAUAAGAAUGGGCGUACAUAUCUACCUCCAGCAUGUCAUACCUUAUCAAGGAAAGAGAAGGUUGCUUUCUGUGAGUUUUUAAAGGGAGUUAAAGUUCCAGAGGGUUAUUCUUCAAAUAUCAGUAGUCUUGUGUCUAUGAAAGACUUGAAAUUAAUAGGUUUAAAGUCUCAUGAUAGCCAUAUUCUAUUGGAGCAUAUACUGCCAGUUUCUUUGAGGUCUAUUUUACCAGAACGUGUUCGAAGAGCCAUCACAAGGCUUUGCUUUUUCUUUGCAGAAAUAUGUCGGAAAGUCAUAGACCCUCAAAAAUUAACUGCUCUGCAAAAGGAACUUGCUGUCACUUUGUGUGAGCUGGAGAUGUUUUUUCCACCAUCCUUUUUUGAUAUAAUGGUUCAUCUUACUGUUCACUUAGUUCGAGAAACACAACUAUGUGGGCCGGCUUAUUUGAGAUGGAUGUACCCAAUUGAGCGUUUUAUGAAAGUCUUAAAAGGGUACGUGAUGAAUCGUAGUCGGCCAGAAGGUUGCAUGGUUCAACGAUAUCUAGCAGAAGAGGCUGUUGAUUUUUGCAGUGAAUAUCUCUUCAAUUUUGACCCUGUUGGUCUUCCAGAGCCGCGAUGCAUCACAACAACAGGAAAAGGUAUUGUUGGAAAUGAAGUGAUAUCCAUAGCUCGUGAUGACUGGCGUAGAGCACACUUGUAUGUGCUGCACAACAGUGCUGAGGUUGAGCCUUAUGUAGCUGAACACAUGGCUUUGUUAAGGGACUUGAAUCUAGCUAGAACUGAAGCUUGGAUAGCAUCUCACCACAAUCUCUCUUUUAUUGAUUGGCUACGGACACGAGUUUCUGAACAGUUGGAAUGGAGCCCAGAUUCUGUUUGUGAAAGAUUAAAAGCUUUAUUUCGAGGUCCUCGUAUGGAGGUCAUGUCCUAUUCUGCUUAUCGAAUUAAUGGUUAUACUUUCUAUACGGAGGACCGAGAUUAUCAAAGUACAAUGCAGAACAGUGGUGUGACUCUUGAGGCCGAGGCUAUGCAUAUUUCAACUGUAAAAGACAAAAAUCCUGUUUAUGCAAGCAUGUCAUACUAUGGGGUCAUUGAUAACAUAUGGGAGCUGGAUUAUAACAGGUUUAGGAUACCUGUCUUCAGAUGUAAGUGGGUCGGGAACAAUAACGGCAUUGAAGUUGAUAAUUUGAGUUUCACUCGAGUUGAUUUCAGGAGGGCAAGCUAUACAGAGGAGCCAUUCAUAUUAGCAUCUCAAGCAAGACAGAUUUUCUUUGUUGCUGACCCAAAGGAUAAGAACUGGAACAUUGUCUUAUCUACAAACAGAAGGAGUGAUAGUGCUGACCACGUUGAAGAAGAUAUGGGAAAUGAAUUUGAAGAGCAUCAAUUCCCUGAAGCAUUGCUAUCAUUUGAUGACAAUUCUAAUGGAGAUGAGUUGUAUAAGAGAAGUGACCAUUCGGAAGGGAUAUGGAUCAGACCAAGCAAGACUGUUGGUCGAGCUGGGGCAUUUCAGAAACACCGAAUUCAACCUCCCCGAAAGAAACGAAAGAUUUUAAAAGGAUGAGAUAUUGAAAUGGGAUCUAAUCAGCAAGAUGAUGACGGUACAGAUUCUCCUUUCAAAAGAAAUAGGCCAACAACAACUAAGCGUGGUGCGACUCGCAUGAAGAAGGUUGUCCGUGCUAGGAAUAGAAAGAUUGUGUUCCCGGUGCA